AUGGCGGCAGUAGGAGAAUUUUUAAGGGAAGUAGAAGUUGCCUUUCAUGAUGACAGGGAAAAGUAUGAUCAAUUUUGCAAACUCUGGGAAGAUCUUCAAUUUGGAAGAAUUCAUUAUUUAUUUUUCGAAGAAAAAUUGACGAGCUUGUUUGAAGGACAUAAACAUUUAAUUUUGGAAUUCAACAAACUUCUGCCGAAACAUGUAUCCGACUUUUUUGAAGCAGUCAAAGUUACUUUAAAAGAUGAUUAUCAUGAUUUUAUUAAAGUUGUUGCAGAUUACAUGAAUAGAAAGAUUGAUGAAAGGUGUCUUUCUUCAAGAGUGGAGGUGCUGCUCAGACGGCAUGAGCAUGCGGAUUUAAUCAGCCAGAUUAGCACCUUCCUUUCAGCUCAGUGUCAUGCCACAUUUCCUCGUUGGGAUGAACUUCCUUUUGAUGUGCUUGAUGUUAUUUCCCGAAAGCUCGAUUUUGCCGACCUCUUUCAAUUUUCUCGUGUUUGCACUAAUUGGAGAGUUGUUCAUAAAUCAAUAGAUCAAUCAAAAUUCUUGACAUCCCAAGAACCAUUACUUGUUGAGGUUUUGAAAUCUCCUGUUAAGGUACCAUAUUCCUGUAUUAGCCUACCCAAACAAAAAGUUUAUCCUUUGAACAAGAUGAUGAUGAACAUGUUGAGUUACUCAGGUGACUCCUUCCCUAUCUAUGUUAGCUGUUCCUGUGGAUAUUUCGUUAUUAUAGCGGACAAUUCUUCGCUUCUGCUCAUCAAUCCAUUUACAAGAAUAAAAAAGAAGUCCAACAGUCUGCAUGUCUAUCAAUCUAGAAAUAAUGGUUGGGUUACUUGUUCCACUGACUAUCCCCAUGAUAUUGGCAACUUAGUUCACAACUUUAUUGACGACUUUGUGGCUUUGAACAAUAUAAUAUAUGUUGUUACUUCGGAGGCCAGGAUAGGGGUACUCAAUUUGAAUUCUGCAAAUAUUGAAUUUUUUAAAAUGGCUAAUUCCCACAAUUUAAAAAAAUUAGAGUUACAGAGAUCAUCCUUUAACUUGGUUAAAUGUGAUGACGAACUUUUUUUAGUUCGAUUAAAUCCUGAUCUUACAAGGGGUUCCUUCUCUCCGCCAGAGAGAAAAGUUUUCAAGAUAGAUUUCUCAACCAUGACUUACGUGGAACUCGAAACCUUGGGGAACAUUGCAUUAUUUUAUGCUUGUUUUAAGAGCUGUAAGGCAUUGAGCAACCCGAAUAAAUGGGGGUAUGAGAACAACUCUGUGUAUCAAGUUUGUAGUCAUCUUCCUCAUCAAAUUACCAAUUGUACUGUUUAUAAUUGGGAUAAAAAAUCUGAGAAAUAUAUUGCGCCUCCAAAUCUUAGAACAAAGGGCAGCAGUAUCUUAGAUUGGUGUUUUAUAAUAUGA